AUGGGCGGCGGUGUUCAAGGCGACCACGGCGGAAAUAUGAUGGUGGGUGGACCAGGCGGAUCGGGAGGAGGCGAUGCAAAUCUCAGCGACGAGAAUCGCCGUGUGCUGGAGUGGAUCGCCCAAGUGCUCAGCACGAAUGCGCGUGAGGCGGCUCUGCUGGAGUUGAGCAAGAAGCGAGAGCAGGUACCCGAGUUGGCCCUGAUCUUGUGGCAUUCUUUCGGUGUCAUGACUUCUCUCCUACAGGAGAUUAUUUCGGUCUACCCACUCCUCAACCCUUCUCAGCUUACUGCUGCGGCAUCUAAUCGAGUCUGCAAUGCUCUCGCACUGUUGCAAUGCGUCGCCAGUCACUCCGAGACGCGGGCUCUCUUUUUGAAUGCACACAUUCCACUAUUCCUCUACCCAUUCCUGAACACUACCUCAAAAUCCCGACCCUUUGAAUACUUGCGCCUGACCUCGCUCGGUGUCAUUGGCGCGUUGGUCAAGAAUGACAGCUCGGAGGUGAUCAACUUCCUGCUCACCACGGAGAUUAUCCCGCUGUGUCUGCGCAUUAUGGAGACCGGCUCCGAACUCAGCAAGACCGUGGCCAUCUUCAUCGUUCAGAAAAUCUUGCUCGAUGACCUCGGUCUGCAAUACAUCUGCCAAACUUACGAACGAUUCUGCGCGCUCGGCACUGUGCUUUCGAACAUGGUCACCCAGCUCGUCGACCAGCAGACCGUACGCUUAUUGAAGCACGUUGUGCGCUGCUUCCUCCGUCUCUCCGACAACGCCCGCGCCCGUGAGGCCCUCCGCCAGUGUCUUCCCGAACCUCUCCGCGAUGCCACUUUUUCGCCAGUCCUUCGGGACGAUGCCGCAACCAAACGCUGCCUAGCACAACUGCUCCUCGCCCUCUCCGACCAGGCCGAUCCUGGCAUGGCCGGAGUCGCGUCGUAUGGUGUCGGAGGCGGUCAUCACGCGCAGAGUCUGAUGGCUGGUGGAAUGUAA